AAACUUUUGUAAGAAGCGUAAAGAAAAAUAACAACAAAUAAAGAAAAAAUCUUUAAAUUCAAGCUUUGAUUUUUGUUCCUAAAAAACCGAAGCUCUGUUUCUUUUUACCUAAUAGAUUUGCAGUCUUUGGUAAAUUUUGCAACUAUUUUUGGGUUACAUUUAGAUAUGCAGACGGAAGCAAGAGUUGGUGUGGUAAAUUCAAGCCAUGGAGGAGGGGGAACAAAUGGUGGGGUUGAAACAACAAGCUUGAAAUUUAAGCAGCAACAGCAAGAGUUAUUACAAGCUCAAAAAACCCAGAUCGGUACUGUCUCUCAGUUGCUUGCUGGUGGGGUUGCUGGUGCUUUAAGCAAGACUUGUACUGCUCCUCUUGCUCGUCUCACCAUUCUUUUUCAGGUGCAAGGUAUGCACUCUGAUGCUGCCACAUUAAGAAAAGCUAGUAUAUGGCGUGAAGCAUCACGUAUUGUUGGUGAAGAAGGUUUCAGAGCCUUCUGGAAAGGGAAUCUUGUCACUAUCGCACAUCGUCUGCCGUAUUCUUCUUUAAAUUUCUAUGCCUAUGAGCAGUAUAAGAAGUUACUAUAUAUGCUUCCAGGAUCGGAAAAUCAUGGUAAGAGUAUGAGUGCCGACAUUUGCAUACAUUUUGUAGCCGGUGGCUUGGCAGGAAUUACUGCUGCAUCUGCUACAUAUCCACUGGAUCUUGUUAGAACACGUCUCGCAGCCCAGACAAAUGAUACAUACUACAGAGGCAUUUGGCAUGCUUUACGAACUAUUUGCAAAGAUGAGGGGGUUUUAGGCCUAUACAAAGGACUUGGAACGACUCUCUUAGGUGUUGGACCCAGCAUAGCAAUUAGCUUUUCAGUAUAUGAGAGCUUGAGGUCUUUUUGGCAGUCACGCAGGCCCCAUGAUUCCACUGUCCUGGUCAGUCUAACUUGUGGCAGUCUUUCUGGGAUUGCAUCAUCAACAGUUUACACUUGUGUGGAUCCACUUCACUGCAUUGUUCUAUUUUUCCUGAAUAACUAUCUUUUAGAGAAGCAGGUUACGGUGCAGGCUCUGCAUUAAGAAUCUAAACCAGAUUGCAUCCUAGAGCCGUGACCCAAACCGGAGUUGUUUUUUGUAAUGGCAUGAGAGGUUUAGUAAGGAAGUCAACAAGAAAUUUACCAUUUUUCUCUUCUCUACCGUUAUUUAUUCUUAUGUCAAACUUGGUUAUAACUUCGCUCUAUUACGGGUUUUUUUCAACAACUUUUCUCCCCAAGGAUUGCAGUUUGUCCCGUAAUGCUCUACUCUCAGGUGAACUAAUACUGCUUCCUCAAGAUAUCAGUGUGAGAGAGGUAUCCUCCUUGAGGUAUGCUUCUCGGUUAGGCUUAGUGGAUCGAAGUCCUUGUGAUGUUGCUGGUGCUUUUUUCCAGGAACUCACCAUUAAUUUGUACCAAAUGUGGAGUAAGCUCAAUAUUGUACAUAGGACAGAUAUUUUACUAACAAAAUAGUGAUUCAAACGUGUGAGCAGGGUCAAACUACUAGCUUCUAUUAAUGGAAGCUAACCAU